UCAAUCCCAUCAAGAUUUUUCCAGUUCACCCAGCACACCUAUACAUCAAUUCGCAAUGCAGGGUAGCAGCAUUCUGGGCCGGAGCACCCUCCGGCGAACUUCGAGGCAGACCCGGCGGAGGCGUUCAACCGUAGGGCCAAUAGAGGGCAGCAGGAGCUUGAUCUCCGAGGUGCCGAGUACUGAGCGACCGAAGGAGCAGAAGUCCUUCCAGCAGAGGGUGUUCCUCUACAUCCAGCUGAACGAGUUGACCAAGCUGCCGAAGACGGACAAUCCUCUGGAGCUGCACCUGUACCAUCCGAAGAACACGCUGCAGAAGAUGCAGGAGCGCUACACCACGGAGACCAUCAUCUAUCAGCACGAGUUCAACCUGAAGAAACCGGUCUUCGCGUUGGGUGUGAUGCAGGACGAUAUCGAGGACAUGAACACGUUCAGCGACCAGCCACUGCUGAUUUCCCUCUACCAAAGGAUUCCCCGACGUCGCAAAGGAGCCAAGACAAAGUCCCGAGGAGCCACUUCGCAGGAAGUCAGUCAAGUGAAUACAGAGCCUUCAGAAAAUGGUGAAGGUGUCCAGAAGAAAACCAAGAGAUCCAGUAAGAGGGGAUCCGAGCAGUUCAGCGAGGAAGGAGCGGAGGAGGGUGAGGGUGGUACCUUUUCGGAGGAACGGCUGGAACUUCUAUCCCGCGGCCACUGCGAUCUGCUGCAGUUGUUCCAAAAACGCCGCUUUAUAAGCGACAUCACUAUCUUCCUGUAUCCGGAGUACCAGACCAGUUCGCAGGCAGAGUUGAAUGACAAGAUUACCUCGUGCAGCGUCUGGCACAUGUACUCCAUCUUGCCCAUCCUGAAGAACUUUAACUUCACCAAUUUGGCCUUUUUGACCCUGGAAUCGAUUUACAAUGCUCCCGAGGAACUGCACGGCCAAUGCUCUGAUCUGGGACUCAGUGUUUCCUUCUGUGCAAAGCAACCGGAGGGCGAGGAUGGCAGCUUCAAGGUGAUUCCCCUGUGCACAUACUCCGGAUUUGUCUCGCAGAUCAUCAGCGACCAGAACACCAGCAUCGGGUGGGAGAACAUCAAGCGGGAUCUGAGCAGCAACAUGCAGUACACCUUCAACCAGAUGGAGACCAACUCCAGAGUGAAGCUACCACGCCUGUUUCGCAUGUUGCUCUGGGAACAGGACGUGGACUUCCAGAUCCUAAAGAUCGAUCCCGUGACCGACCUGGCCCUGAUCAACAACUCCAUGCAUCGCUUCGUGCUCAACGAGGAGAUGCGGAAGAUCCUCGAGGCGGCGGUCGUCCACAACGACUACGACUUGCUGCUGCAACUGUACCAGGAUACACCCAGCAAUGUCCUGUACGAGGGCGUCCUCAAUCCCAGCAUCUUUGGGUAUCCGGGAGUCAACUACUGCCGCUUUGCCAUCCAGUUGAAACCGGUGCUGGAACCCAAAGUCAAACUAAGCAUUCCAAGGGAAACAAUGCUAAUGGGCCCAAUGUUCUGCACCUUCAAGAUUUGCUUCUUUCAGCCAAUUUGCGAGCGCAACGAACCUCUCGACAAGUUCAACGAGAGUAUCCUUAAAAGGUUAAAGCUGCGACGGUGCUUCGACAUGGAAUUCCUUAAGGAGGACGAGGACGAUGUGGAUGUGUUGCUAGAGCUGUACCGUGCCUUCGAUGAUCUCAUUUCCGAUACAAUCGGGUUCAUAAUCAAGCGGGGUGUGAAGGACAUCAAAGAAAGAAAGGAGUUCUUCUGCUGCCAACUGGGCAACCUUUGCAAUCUAUUGUUGAAAAUCUGCGGUUGCGAUUUCAACGUGCGAAUUCCGACGAAAACGAACAUUGAGUUCAGAGAGAUGCUGACACACAUGUACAGGGAGCUGAUGGAUCGCAUUGAGGGCAUCUUCGCUGGCUGCAGCUGGACAAACAGCUGCGACUGUGCCACGUACCAGGAGUACGGGGAGCACGGCUUGACCCGGCUGAUGAACGAAAUGCGACUGGCCAGCAACACAGGCCAGCGGGACUUGGCCAUCCACAUGUACGAUGAGAUCGACCACAGCACCGCCAACCGAAUCAUUUUCGACUUCGUAACACUGCUCAAUAGCGUCGAAACCCUCCAGUUCGAGCAAGCUGCGAGGUAUUUCAUGAAACCUCGAACCAGGGACUGGAGCGGACAUUACUUUACAUUGCUUCUACAGCUCUAUAUCAACUACAUGAUGGAUCUGAGAUCAGCAGAUGAAGAGGUAUUGAGCACGGCGAAAACGAAUAUGAUAGAAAGUCUGCGCCAGUUCGCCCAUCAAAACAAUCUGGAAUCGGAAACAUGGAUUCUGUUGUACUGCUAUUACAAGCAAGUAGAUUAUUUGCCAGGAAUGGAGUUCACGCGGUGGAAGUUUCAGAAUCUCCUUGAAGUUUCCUCCAAGACUCUGGCUUUCACUCCAUGCUCCCUUUACGAACUUUAUCUCCCGGUGGACUUUGAAUUCAAGAGUUCUUGCAACGCGAUGAAUAUCCAGUUCUACGCUGUUUUUAAGCUUUUUGCUCGGCUGGGAGCAUAUGCCUUUGCAGAGGUUGUAUUUUCCGACAUAGAACAUUGCUUUACAGAAGCCGAAGUCUAUCUUAUAAAGACCACUUUAAAGAUACUUCAGCGGCAGAUUGACAAUAAAUUUAGGGUUAUUAUGAUGCCGACGGAUAACAGUGUGCCAGGGAAGUUAAAGCGCUGUUACCAACUGCAUAUCAAUGGCAGUGCGGAAUAUUCCCGAGGACGCUGCCAAGAAGCCAUGAAAUACUUUCAGGAAUUGUUGCUAAUGACGGAUCCUAAUGAUAAAGCGUUGUUCAAGUUGAGUUUCCUGCGCCUCGGUCAUUUGGCUUUUAAAAUGGAACAGUAUGAGCUGUCUGAAAAGGCCUUCGAUUUCUGUGUGCCUUCUAGUUAUAAACGCAAGAACUUUUCGGCCAACUUUGGAAAGGGAUUGGCACUUUACCAUCUUAAUCGUCUUGAAGAAGCAAUUCCCUUUCUCUCUCGUUGCACUGAAGUCGACCUCUUUAUUCCCGAUGUCUGGGGAUAUUUGGCCACCAUCAACCUACGAUUGAACCGAAAUAAAACUGCCUUGGAGUGCUGGAAAAUGGCCAAAAUGUACCCAGAGCUUAAAAUCAGCAAGAACGUAUAUACCGAACUGGAAAAGAUUCGGUACUCAGAUGUUCAUCUGCUGGUAGAUGACGAUGGAAAUCCAGCUGAAACGAUGUCGAAAAUGGACUUCAUUGCUCUGUAAUUAAGCCGAACUUAAAGUAACCUAAGAAAAUAGGUAAAGUGGUCCUAAGUCCUAAGUCCUAAGCAAACACAUUCGGAGUCACGCCUUUCAUCAAGUUUUGGCAACAUUAAUCAGAUAAAUUUAGUGCCCUACAUUUGGGCUAAAUUAAGUAUACGCAUACGCAUAUGUUAGCAAGGUAUUUCGGUCCCUCGAUGUCCUUCGCCUGCCUCGUCGAGCUGGCGCUUGUCAAAAUUUUAGCCGCAGAGCGACGGCACCAACGUGAAUAUGCCAACACAAUGCAUUUUUGGCCAAGGGCAAACCGCCACAGCAAUAGCAAAAACAAAGCCAACAGCAGCAACAACGACAAAACAGAAACAAGUGAGAUACGUAGUUAAACCCUUUUGGCCAACACUCAACCCAUGACAGGUGUUUGCUCUGCAAAACGUUUCAGGGGCAUACGGAAUUUAGGAAGUCGCCUGCCUUACGUGAACGACUUUUUGAACCUUUACAUUCCACAAUUUUGUAUUCGACUGGUUUACUUUACCCAAAUAUUAAAUAUAUUUUUUUCAGUUCUUAA